AUGAGCAGAGCCGGUGUGAAUUUGGCAAAGCAGAGCCAUCUCGUCCCGGGACCCCCUCGAGCUCGCGGGCCGGCUCCAACCGUGUUCUGCUACAUCUGCGGGCGGCAGUUUGGCUCGAAAAGUAUUGGCAUACAUGAGCCCCAAUGCAUGCAAAAAUGGCACGCCGAAAAUGACAAGCUCCCAAAAUCCAAGCGUCGCCCACCACCCGUCAAACCGGAAGCAGUUAUCGUAGGGGGUUCCGUCGAUGUGGCGGCAACGAAUGAGGCGAAUUGGCAAGCCGCGCAAGGGUCAAUGGUCGAGUGCGAGCAUUGUGGAAGGAGAUUUAAGCAAGACCGCCUCGAAGUACACCAGCGCAGUUGCACCGCCCAGAACCCAGCCAAACGAGCUCCCAGCAAAAGUGUCGAUCGGAAGACGGCCCUUAAAACU